AUGAUUAAGCCGAUUACCGCAGCCUGGCACUUCCUGCAGGCCCAGCUGCGCCCCCUCCCCGUCCCGACCAAGUCGUACGCCGGCUGCACCGUCAUCGUCACCGGCGCCAAUGGCGGCCUGGGCUUCGAGGCUGCCCGCCACUUUGCCCGCCUCGGCGCCGCCCGCCUCAUCCUCGCCUGCCGGAGCACGGAGCGCGGCGAGGCCGCCAAGGCCGACAUCGAGUCCUCCGUCACCACCUCCACCGCGAUCGAGGUGUGGCCGCUCGACCUGUGCUCGUUCGACAGCGUGCGUGCCUUCUGCCGGCGUGCCGAGAGCGAGCUCGAGAGGCUGGACGUGCUGCUCGAGAACGCGGCCAUGCUUUCCAUCACCCCGGCCGGCAUGGCCGAGGGCUACGAGAUGCAGGUGACCACCAACGUCAUCUCGACCUUCCUGACGGUCCUGAUGCUGCUGCCGCUCAUGAAGAGGACGGCGGCAAAGUUCAACGUCGAGCCGGCCGUCACGGUCGUGGGGAGCGAGGGUCAUUUCUGGACCAGGUUCGUCGAGAAAAACCAGCCGCGCAUCUUCGAGGCCUUCCGCCCCGGCGGCGCUCUGCAGGAACGCUACAUGACCACCAAGCUGCUCGACAUCCUCAUCAUGCGGGAGCUUGCCGCUCAGCUGGACGCCGCCAGUGCCAGUGCCGGCGCCAGCCCCAUCGUGGUCAACGCGGCGAACCCCGGGCUGUGCAAGUCGAGCCUGUUCAGAAACGUCUUCCUCAUCGGCCAGUUCUUCCUGGCCAUUCUCACCUUCGUCCUCGGCCACACCAGCGAGCAGGGCGCGAGGGCGCUGCUGGCCGCCGCCGCCGGCGGACGCGAGACCCACGGCAAGUACGUCGACUGCGGCAAGGUGGACGACCCUAGCCCCUUCGUCCUAUCGAAGGAAGGCAAGGUGGUGCAGAAGAGAGUCUGGGACGAGUUGAUGGAGAUAUUGGAUGGCAUUGAGCCGGGGGUCAGCGCAAACGUGAAGCAGGCGCCUCUAUCGGCAAUGGCAACGUCGUGCUGA